AUGGUUUCCAUUAACUUACUUUACAUUUUUCUAGCUAAGAAAAUAACAAAUGUUGACUGGCACUCUAAGCUAAAUAAAGCUGCACACCACACAUCCGAUUACAACAGCACACAAGUGAUCUUGAGGAGAGGACAGGCUUUCACUAUUACCCUAAACUUCCAAACAACGGUGCAACCUGAGGACAACUUCACAUUUAUUGCAAGCACAGGACUAUCUGCAGCAGAAUCACAGCAGACCAAGGCCAUAUUUCACCUUUCUAAGGAUGCUGCCAAUGGCUGGAGUGCAACCCAAGAGCACUGUGAGCCUGGCCGCAUGAGUCUCAUGAUAAUCAGCCCUGCCAAUGCCGUCAUUGGACGAUACAAACUCAAACUCCAGAUUGCUUCUGGCAACAAGACCUCUUCAGCACUCCUAGGCCAGUUUGUGUUACUCUUCAAUCCCUGGUGUCCAAAUGAUGAUGUCUAUAUGGCUAAUGAAAAGGAGCGACGGGAAUAUGUUCUGAAUGACAGUGGAAUCAUAUUUCAGGGAAAGGAAAAAUAUAUUCAGCAAGAAGCUUGGAAUUAUGGGCAGUUUGAAGAAGAUAUCCUUGAUAUCUCUCUGUCUAUACUGGAUCGAAGCCUGAACCACCGCCAAGAUCCAUCCACUGAUGUAUCCAACAGGAACGAUCCCAUCUAUGUGUGCAGGGUUAUUAGUGCUAUGGUUAACAGCAAUGAUGAAAAGGGAGUAGUGGAAGGGAAGUGGAGUGGAAACUAUCGCUCAGGAACCAACCCUUUGCACUGGAGUGGAAGUGUGACCAUCCUUCGAAAGUGGUACAGAGGGAGAUACAAACCCAUCCGGUAUGGCCAGUGCUGGGUCUUUGCAGGAGUUAUGUGCACAGUUCUGAGAUCGCUAGGAAUACCUACCCGUGUUAUUACAAACUUUAACUCUGCACACGAUAGUAAUAUCAACCUGAGUAUUGACAAAUACAUCGAUGUUUCUGGAAAGACCCUGCACUUGACUGAAGACAGCGUAUGGAAUUACCAUGUCUGGAACGAGAGCUGGUUUGCUAGAAGAGAUCUUGGAUCUUUUUAUGAUGGAUGGCAGGUUUUGGAUGCAACACCCCAGGAAAAAAGCAAAGGCAUCUAUCGAUGUGGCCCAGCUUCCACCAGAGCCAUUAAGGAAGGAGAUGUGAACCUGGAUUAUGACAGCUCAUUUGUGUUCGCAGCAGUGAAUGCUGACUGUGUUACUUGGAUUCACCAUAGCAACAAAAGGAAAGAGAGAAUUUACUCCAAUACCAGGAAAAUUGGAAAAUUUAUUAGCACCAAAGCAGUGGGCACCAACACCCGAGUGGAUGUCACUGAUAAUUACAAAUAUCCAGAAGGAUCCUCCAAAGAAAGGCAGGUGUACAAAAAGGCAGUGAAGCUGCUGGGUGUGAGAAACACUGGAAGAAGAAAAAAAGUUACAAAACCCAGGAGACGACUUCCAGUAGCACGGAGACAAAAUAUGACAGCGACCACACGAAAACCCACUGUCUCGGGGAAGCUGAAGCUGGAUGCAUCUCCUGUAAUAGGCCAGGAUAUCCUCCUCACCUUGGCACUGCAGAAUUUGACUGCAGACUUCAAGACCAUAAAGGUUAAACUGAAGGCUUCAGCUGUUCUCUACACGAGAAAACCGAAGGCAGAGAUCUUGCAGUGGUCUAGGUCUGUUCAACUUGGAUCUGAAGAAGUGAAAGAGAUCUCAUUCAAGAUCACCUACUCCCAGUACAAAAAUGCUUUGUUGGAUGACAGGAAGAUCCUAGUGACUGCUGUGUGUGAAGCCAGACAGGGAGCAUCACUUCUACUGGAAAAAGAUAUUGUACUUCAGGAUCCUCUUCUCAACAUCGAGGUCCUUGGUCCAACAGUGGUACACAAGGCCACUAAGGUGCUGGUCACAUUUACCAACCCGCUGUCUGAAGUAGUGACAGACUGUGUGCUGAGAGCAGAAGGCAGCGGCCUGCUCAAAGAGCAACUCAACAUCAAUGUGGCAAGAAUGGCCCCCAUGGAGACCUCAACAGCUGAGUUUGAGAUCAUUCCCUACAAGAGUGGCAUCAGGCAGCUUCAGGUGGACUUGGCUUGCAUCCAGUUUUCAAACAUCAAGGAAUUUGUGAUGCUUGAUGUGGCUCCUGCCCAGUGA